AUGGGGUUGUGCGGAAGUAAAUCUCAACCAAUGCCCUCGCAAACCACAACAGUAACACCGAGAACAAGAACAAAACCAGUCAAUCGUGGUACUACGAACGCAAAAGAACAACUUCGACAAAAAGAGAAUGAAAGUGAAAAGAAGAAAAAGUCAUCUUUAAAAAGCACAACAGGCCAGCCUGUGAAAAAGAGAGAAGGUAGCAAACUAAGUGGCGCAAGUGAUACGAGCAAAGAUAAAGUAAGUCCCAAAGAAGCUGCAAGACUGGCAGCCGAGAAAAGAUUUCAUGAAACAAAUGAGAAGUAUAAUAAAGGUGAGUUGGGCAAGAAACUGGCGCAAGAACGUGCCAAGUCUCACAAGACUCGUUUGAUGGAAGAGACUGAAAAAAAGCAUGCUGCACAAGAAAGAGAAAACAUGAUAUAUGAUUGA